AUGGCAUCCGGACUCUGGCAGGCCGCUCCCGCUAAGGUCGAGACCAACGUCACACCUCAGAUGGCCAACAGCAUUCCAGAGCAAGCAAGCCCAGUCGAAGCCAAGGACAGCCUCUUUCUCAGCAACGACGCUGCCUCUUCCACCUCUUCUCGCCACUCGUCCUUCAACGAUAUUCGUCGCCCAAUGAUGAAGUCUCCUGACUUUGGACCCGACGCUGCUGAGAGGCGUGCAUCGAAUGUCGCCAUGGGCAGGACUGCUGCCUUUUUGUGCAACAACAGCCGCUAA